AUGGCCGACCAAAGCGCCUCUAUGAGUGUGGAGGAGAUCCAGGAGGAGUUAACCGUGCAAAAGGUCGUGCUCGAUUCCCUUGCUGAUGCCGACUACGACGGAGUGGAGGAAAUGCGACAAGAUGCCCAUGAGGAGAUAAAUCGCCUUAAAAAGCUACUUCGGGACUUGAGACAGAAAAAAAAUUCUAAUAUAACCGGUGAAGCUCUUCAAAGUACAGCUGCGCCAGAAAAUUCCAGUCUAUCUUCCAGUCCAGGCGGUCAACAACGAGAUACAGCCUCUGUCAUGAAUUCUUCUGCGGGCUAUGGCUCCUUCACCUUGCCGAGCCGGAAGAGGGGCGCCGACUCAGCUCGUCUAUCUACCCAUGAGAAUCAAGCAAAAGCUCGCCGGCUCUCGCCUCCUCGGUACGAGAACUUGGCCUUGCAUGUACUGACCAACAAUGGCCCAGAUCCUCGAUUUCUUGACUUCGUUGACCUUACUGGGGAUGAUGAUGAUGAUGAUGUUAUCGCAGAACAGGUCAAGGCCGAGCAGAGGCAAAAACAAGAACAGACAGACCGACAGUUCGCAGAAUUUCUUUUUGGCGAAGACUCUUCUGAUCAGAUGGCAAUACAGCCUCCUCAGAACGAUGCCUUCACGCGGUUAAUGAGCAGCCAGCCUCCCCUCGGCCCCCCAAUCGCCGAUGAAGAGAUCCCAUUUCGCAUGCCCGGUUAUUACGAUACGCUCUGGGAUGAUCCAGCCGGAGCUGGUCCUGCUUUCAUGAUGCCCCAAGGACCAUCAGACCUCCAAUUCCCAACUAUGCCAACUUAUCCAAACCCUCGCGCUGAGGAAGAGAAUGAUUUGAUCUUUGCAGGUUCUGUUGCUCACCCUCCUCGCCCUACAGGUCGCGCGGAGCAACUAUUCCCUGGCAUGGGUAUGGGCUAUCCAGAUUUGACUAGACGUGAUAUUCAUCAGCCGCCUCACCUGGCUGAUAUGUCCGGCUUUUCAUAUAGGCCUCCCGCUUCAUUUGCGCCAGGUUCUUUUGCAACUCCGUCGUCUUUGGACGAGGUUAUUGGGCGGACAAAUAGAUUUGAUCUUGCCAAUGGAGUAGACGGCGGUGGCAACCCAUUGCCUCCCCGUCUUAGAAAAUGGAUGGAUGAAAAUGAUUACGAUCCCAAUGUCGAUUCUCAAGGACCUGAAUUGGACGCAAAGGAGCUUGAGAAUCUCCUUUCAAACAUAUCUUCCGACAUGGAUUUACCAAAGGCAGGCCUAGGGGAAGCCCCGGCUGGCUUAAAGAGACCACUGUACCCUCACCAGGAUAUUGCCCUUGCCUGGAUGAAGAAGAUGGAAUCGGGCACAAACAAGGGCGGUAUUCUCGCAGACGACAUGGGUUUGGGAAAGACUAUUUCUACACUCGCGCUUCUUCUGGCUCGCCCAGCGACGACUCGACCCAAGACAAACUUGAUUGUCGCUCCUGUCGCUCUCAUUCGUCAGUGGGAGGAGGAGAUCGCCACCAAGACCAAAUCAUCUCACCGACUAUCGGUAUAUGUGCAUCACGGUAAACGGACUCCGAUAGACGAGCUGCUCACAUACGAUGUGGUCUUGACCACAUAUGGCUCACUCUCACACGAACUCAAACGCUAUGAGAAGUUUAGAAACGAAAAUCCCGAAGAGGAUCAAAUCGACUGGAAUCACGGAUCUCCUAGCCUCAGUUUCCCACUCCUACAUCCCAAGGCUAAAUUUUACCGCGUGAUCCUGGAUGAAGCCCAGUGUAUCAAGAACGACAAGACACAAGGUGCUAAGGCAUGUACCCAACUCAAGUCGACUCACCGAUGGUGUCUCACCGGAACACCUAUGAUGAAUGGUGUCUUGGAACUUUACUCCCUAGUCAAGUUUCUCAAAGUCAGGCCUUACUGCAAGUGGGACGACUUCCGUCAGUCCUUCGGUCGACUAUUCGGCCGAAAAGGUGACACAAAAAGCACCGCGAUGAGGAAGUUACAGGUUUUCCUCAAAGCUAUCAUGCUUCGCCGCAAGAAAAACUCGUUACUCGAUGGCAAACCCAUCCUCAGGCUGCCAGAGAAGACAGAGGAUGUCAUUUAUGCUACGUUCUCUCCUGAAGAGCUCGACUUCUACAAGCAAUUGGAAAAGAACGCCCAAGUGUUGGUCAAUAAGUAUAUUCGCGAGAAGUCCGUCAGUAAGAACUACUCCAACAUUCUUGUCCUCUUGCUCCGCCUUCGCCAAGCUUGUUGCCAUCCACAUCUAAACCUCGAUGUAGAUGAUGCACCAUCUGCAGUCUCUGACGAGAAGAGAAAGACUGUCGAAGAUCUCAAUGAGGCCAUCGUCGAAAGGAUCAAGGGUAUUGAAUCUUUCGAAUGCCCUAUCUGCUACGAUGCCGUUCAAUGUCCCAGCUUCUUUGUUCCUUGUGGGCAUGAUAGCUGCGGCGAGUGUCUUGUCCGCAUUGUUGACGGUGCUACUGCAAACAACAUACUGGAAGGGUCCGAAAGCAGCCGGGUUAGGUGCCCUGUCUGUCGUGGCCACUUUGAUCCUACUAAAUGCUUUUCAUACGAUGUCUUCAGACAGGUCCAUAUGCCUGAAACCAUCGAGCAAGGAUCCGUCAAAGACGAAGACGUUGGCGAAAUUGAUACGAGUGAAGACUCGGAGAGUGGCUCAGACUACGAGUCUGAUGAUGAGAUUGACAAGAAAGGCAAUGUCAAGGAUUUUAUCGUUAACGACGAUCUUUCUGACGACGAAGCACCAACCGGAAAGAAGCGCAAAGCAAAGGCGAAAGGGAAGGGCAAAGAGAAAGCACUGGACGUGAAACCCUCGAUGCUUAAGACUCUGCGCAAAGAGGCUUCUAGGAACCACGACGCGUAUACGAAGUACGUGAGGUACUUGCAUAAGACCUGGGAGCCUUCUUCUAAAGUGACAGAAUGCCUGAACCUCGUCAAGAAAAUCGAGGAAACCGGAGAGAAGACCAUCAUAUUCUCUCAAUGGACUCUGUUACUCGAUCUUUUGCAGGUGGCCAUGAAGCGCGAGAACAUGGCCAAACCUGAACGUUACGACGGGUCCAUGUCGGCAACCCAACGCAACAUUGCGGCUCACAAUUUCCGUGACGGUAAAGAUGUCCGAGUUAUGUUGGUAUCUCUCAAGGCUGGCAACGCAGGCCUCAACCUUACUGCUGCUUCUCGGGUCAUCAUUAUGGACCCUUUUUGGAACCCUUACAUCGAGAUGCAAGCAGUCGAUCGCGCAUAUCGUAUCGGUCAGCAGAAGCCAGUCAAGGUGUACCGCAUAUUGACAAUUGAGACGGUCGAAGAUCGCAUUGUCGAUCUGCAGGACAAGAAGAAAGAAAUGGUCGAAGCGGCCCUCGACGAGAAACAAGGUGCCUACAUUGGACGACUGAGUGAAAACGACAUCAAGAAUCUUUUCGGCAUUCCCACUUAG